GCCCGGGAUGGAGGGGCUCGGCCCCAACAGGAGUGCCGUCCAGCUGGGCUCCAUCCGCAUCCCCGCCAAUGCCAGUAACGCCAGCCACGACCCCCCGCGCCCAGCAGCCCCCGGCAGGACGCCCAAAGAGCUGGAACUGACAGUGAGGAUCCUCCUCUACGUGGUCAUCUUCACGCUGAGCGUGGGUGGAAACCUCCUGAUCAUCACGGUGCUGGGGCUGAGCCGGAGGCUGCGCACGGUCACCAACGCCUUCCUGCUCUCGCUGGCCGUCAGCGACCUGCUCCUGGCCAUCUGCUGCAUGCCCUUCACCCUGCUGCCCAACCUCAUGGGCUCCUUCGUCUUCGGCUCCGUCGUCUGCAAGGCCGUCGCCUACCUCAUGGGGGUGUCGGUCAGUGUAUCCACCUUCAGCCUGGUGGCCAUCGCCCUGGAGCGCUACAGUGCUAUCUGCAGGCCGCUGCAGGCUCGCGUGUGGCAGACUCGCUCCCACGCCAUCCGGGUCAUCGCCGCCACCUGGCUCCUGGCCGCCCUGCUCAUGCUGCCCUACCCCAUCUACAGCGCCAUCCGGCCUUUCGGGCCCCGCGUCCUCCAGUGCAGCCACAUGUGGCCCAGCACACGUUUCAAGCAAGCCUGGUCUGUGUUGCUCCUGCUCCUCCUGUUCUUCAUCCCCGGGGUGGUGAUGGCUGUGGCCUACGGACUCAUCUCCCGUGAGCUCUACCUGAGCAUGCGCUUCGAGGCCGAACUGCAGCAGAAUCCGGGAAAGGCUCCCAAGAACGGGGUGGGGCCCGGCCCUGGGCCUUCCCCAGCCUGCGACGAAGGAGACGGGUGUUACCUGCAGCUCUCGAAGCCCCGCCAGGCCAUGGAGCUGUCCGCCCUGACCCCCAGCCCCACUCCCGCCCCUCCGGACCGGGCCCGCGCCAGCCCUUCGGAAGCCAAGCUGGUGGCCAAGAAGCGGGUGAUCCGCAUGCUGCUGGUCAUCGUGGCGCUCUUCUUCCUGUGCUGGCUGCCCUUGUACACGGCCAACACCUGGAGGGCCUUCGACCCCGAUGGGGCGCACAGAGCCCUGUCUGGCACCCCCAUCUCCUUCAUCCACCUGCUCAGCUACACCUCUGCCUGCGUCAACCCGCUGGUCUACUGCUUCAUGAACCGCCGCUUCCGCCAAGCCUGCCUGGCCACCUGCGCCCGCUGCCGGCCCCGGCCGGCUCGCCCCCGGCCUCGCCCGCUGCCCGAGGAUGACCCACCCACGGCCACCACCCUCUCCAGGCUCAGCUACACCACGGUCAGCACUCUGGGCGCCCCCUGACUCCUCCAAAAUGGCUCCAGGGGAGACCUCAAGCCCCCUCCCCGCCUCCCGGCUGGCCUCCCCCACUCCCUUCCUAGCAUCCUCCUGUCCUCCCUCCCGCCUGCCGCCCCAGGACUGAAGUGUCCUCCCCCAACCCAGCUCCUCCCCAGGACUGGGGCUCUGAGGCUGCCCUCCCUCCUCCCUCUCCACCACCCCCACACCGUCCCUCCUCUAUGGCCACACCCGGGCUUGCCCUUGCCUGAGUCCUGAGUAGAAGAGGAUCCAGGGACCCUGCAGAUCCUCCCUAACCCCCCUGUCUGAAGGAGUUCACCCCUGAGACAGGCCCGAAGCAUGCCAAUCCCUCAUCAGCUCCCACCCCCAGGCCUUUCCUCCUGACUGAGCCUCCAGCUCUGCACGCCGACCCCUCCAUCUGGGGUCCCCUGCCCUGACAUGAGCGGAAGUUAACUCGGCCCCUAGAACUGACCUCCCCCUCCAUCUCUCUUCCCCCUCUGCCCCUCUCCAGGCCCCAGGGAGCCACUGGCAGAGAGGGGGGAAGGAAGGGGAGUGGAGCAAAUCACCAGGACCCGGAUAAAUAGGGACAAAGAACAUUCAGCCCGGCCAAGCCACCCUCUCCCUCAGUUCCCAGUAUCCCAGGCAGUGGACCCGGUGGUCAGGGUUCACGCUGAGAGGCAGCAUGGUCUAGUGGAUAGAACACUGCCCUGGGAGUCAGAAAGACCUGGGUUCUAAUCCCGGCUC